AUGUAUCACCCUAUUAAUGAACCCAAUUAGAAGAAGUCUUGCUUACAAGUAUACAUUUCUUGGACUUCAUACAUCAAUUUAGUAAUCAGUAUUGCAGCAUUAGCAUUUGGUAUCUAUAUAGGAGUAAAAAAUAAAAGUGUCUGGUCUAAUUCUAGUUUUGAUUGGAAUAAAACUUUAAUUGCUCUUUUGAUUGCUGGCUCAGUUUUCCUCUUACUUGCCUCUAUUGCAGGUAUCUGUGGAGGUAGAAAACAAAACAAAUGCUGCAUUUUCAUUUUCUAAAUACUUAGCAUCAUCCUUGCCUUAUUUUUCCUUGUCGCAGGCUUUAUAUUCUUAGGUUUGACAGAUUCUCACUUUACUGAUAUCAAAGACAGUACCUGCUAAGAUAAAGGAAGUAAUGGAACUGAAAUUUUCUAUUAUGGUUAAGAAGCUUACAACAGUGCUUUUUCAUUGUUCUGCACUUAAAGAUGUCCCUGUAAAGUUACAAACACUGAAGUAAAAAGCUAUAUUACUAAAAAUUACAUAUAAAUGGUUCCUUUCAUGCAAGAUAAUGGAUCUGUAAAAGUCCAAGAUUGCUAAGAUUACAAGACUGUCUUUUCAAACUCUGAUGUUAAAAACUAAGCUAAUUGGUUAUAAUCCUUGGAAGAUUCUUUUGACUGUACUGGUAUGUGUAAAAAGCCAGCUAAUAUUUAUUUCUUCAGUGAUAUUAACAAUGGUAUACCUGAUAAUGAUACUUGCAAAGAAAAGUUCUAAGAUUUUGUUCAAAGCUAUGGUAGAGUUGCCUAUAUUGUAGGUUUAAUUGUUGGUGCUUAUCUCUUGAUAAACGCUAUUCUCGCUUUUUGCUUAUGUUGCAGAAAGAAAAACUCAGGAUAAUCCCUUUAUGAACGUUUUGCAAACUAUUGA